AAGAGAAGACACCAAACAUCAAAAAUGGUUGGCCAUACAGAAAUAGAAGAAGAAGACAGAACAACGACGACUCAGCAACCACUGAUCUCUCUCUGUCUUCCUCCUGCGCUCUUUCUCGUGAUCCACUUCCUCACUUUUUUCUACCAAUUUAAAUGGGUCCGUCCCCAUCUAUCUCUCCUUCCAUUCAAAAGCCUUACCAAAUUACUAUUUUAGUCAUUCCUCCUCUCACCCUCUCCUUUUGACCCCUUCCAUCUCCCUCAUUUCCUUAAAAACUUGUGUUUUUCUUCUUCUUUUUUUUUGGAUUCGGAAUAAUGAAGUGUUUUCAUUUCUCGAACGGGGAAAGAAGGGAAGAUGAAGACGCCCCGGUUUCGAAGGUAUCCAGAGUAUCCUGGGCCAGGUCCUUGAGCGUGGCGUCCAGCAGUCUUGAUACAAGGCGGUCCGAGCUUGACUCAGACAGCUACUGCUACUCCUCUAGGGACUUGUCUGACUCGGUUGGGCUCUUCGAGUUACUGAGUCAGAGAAGAGCUAAUGAUUUGCGAGUCUUCGGUUUCUCCGAACUCAAAUCUGCUACUAGGGGGUUCAGUAGAGGUUUGCUUAUUGGGGAGGGAGGCUUUGGCUGCGUUUAUAGAGGCGUCGUUAAAGUUCCAGCUGAUCAUGAAUCAGGUUCCAAGAUGGAUGUUGCUAUAAAACAGUUGAAUCGUCACGUAUUACAGGGGCAUAGGGAAUGGAUUAAUGAAGUGAAUUUCUUGGGUGUGGUUAAGCAUCCAAAUCUUGUUAAAUUAGUGGGGUAUUGUGCUGAAGAUGAUGAAAGAGGGAUUCAAAGGCUUUUGGUUUAUGAGCUUAUGCAUAAUAAAAGCUUAGAAGACCAUUUAUUAGCGAGGGUAUUACCCAUAACUCUUCCGUGGAUGACAAGAUUAAAAAUUGCCCAAGAUGCAGCUCGCGGGUUGGCUUACCUUCAUGAAGAAAUGGACUUUCAGCUAAUAUUCCGAGAUUUUAAAGCGUCUAAUGUUCUACUAGACGACGACUUCAAUGCAAAGCUCUCGGACUUCGGACUGGCUAGACAGGGACCUCCUGAAGGACUCGGUCAUGUUUCAACAUCAGUUGUGGGCACAGUGGGUUAUGCAGCUCCAGAGUAUGUUCAGACUGGCAGGCUUACUGCUAAGAGUGAUGUAUGGAGCUUUGGGGUGGUUAUGUAUGAGCUUAUAACAGGAAGGCGAGCAGUUGAGAGAAACCUACCUCGGGGUGAGCAAAAGCUCUUGGAAUGGGUAAAACCAUUUGUAUCCGAUUCAAAGAAGUUCCACCUUAUCGUAGACCCACGACUGGAAGGACAGUGUUGCAUCAAAUCAGCUCAGAAACUAGCAGCCUUGGCAAACAGAUGUCUAGCAAAGCAGCCCAAGUCCCGCCCUAAAAUGAGUGAGGCAGUAGAGAUAUUGGGAAACAUAAUCAGUGAGACUUCAUCUCAAGAUGAAGGGAUCCCUGAACCUGUCUCUGAAAUUGAGGAAGUUAAGGAAGAGGCCACUGGGGAGACGGGGGCCGAGUCUACCAAACCGGGGAACAGUUACCGGAAAAAAGUUUUCUACAUAAGAGAAAUGGUCAACUUGAGAAAUAGAUCCACUGGGAAAUUAGAUUGGAGAAACUGGACGCCACGAUUGGUUAGAACUUAGAACUUCGAGAUAAGAUUUCAGUUUCUACCAGUAAAUAGAAAUAUGCACACGUCCUAACUCCCUAGGAGAAUGGCAAAUGAAUGGGGGAUAAAUAACAAGGUGAAUAUUUCACAUGCAAUCCAAACAAUAGGAAGGGCAAUGAUCAUCUUUUUAUUUUUGCAAGAUGGCUGUAAUAUAGGUUUGUCGUGCCUUCAAAGCUGCGUGGCAUGCAUGUGAUAUUGCAAGGCACAAAUUCACAUCUCCUCUGAAGGAUGUAGUUUUGCCCAAAGAUGGAUGGUGAUAUCUGAUGCACUAUGAGGUUUCUAUUUUCCAUUUCCUUGGCUUUCCUUGUCUUCGCGUGUGAGAACUGAUUUGGGAUCCUCUGGCAGAGCUACUCUUGCGUAUUUUCUAGAGAGGCUCUAAAUGUGACUGCACUCUGUAGAAUUACUAUCUGGCUGAUCGGCCGGUUUCAUUCCUCCCGCACCAUCAAGCCCGCUUCUCCCCGGUCCCCAACCUGGUCCGCUACCAUGUAUAAAAAAACUUUUUCAAAAUUGCGGAUCAUUGUUAUUUGUCUCUUCAUUGUCGCAUCAUGCAUGACAUUUUCAUUUUAUCUCCCCAGAUAAACACACAUUUAUAUUAUUUCCCGAUAACUUGAUCAAAUACAUUAGCUUGAACCCACUCCUCCCAACUACAUUAGACAACUCCCUGAUCUGGUGAGCAUGUCUAGUCUGAUCGUAGGCAUUGACGAAAGACAUGCAGCAUGGUUUCCUCAAUGAGCACAUAUAGCUGCCAAUCAUUUAGCUUGCUGUUUAUUAGAGAAAUAAGUACUUAAACAUCAGAUUUUCCGCUUCAGGAAUGGGCAAUUGCACAGUAGCACAAGUAACCUGGAAGGGGGACACAGAGCUACAUUGAUCUCACAACAUCUUGCAUAAUAUAUGGCGCAAUCUAGCCAUCCGUUGGUGCGCUUUGUUAGGGUGUCAAGAACAUGGGUCCCGUGAUCAACAUUAAAACAGAUUUUCCACAACCUUAAAACUCAGGGCUCUCAUGCACUAUCUGAUAUUUUGCCAUGUUGGACUAACUGUUGCACAGCUCAAAAAUCAAAAGCUUCAUGGACUUUAACCACAUAGCAAUAGUAUCCACGUGUGCCCCCUUGUUUUUCCCCCCAACUUUCCUAGUGAAGUCUAAGGUGUGGUUGACAUUAUUAUCUUCAACUUUCCAUUCUCUCCUUUUUUUCUUCACUUCUCCAAGUAUAUUCUAUAAUGCUUGCCAAAAUUCAGUUUUAUUUCCAAAUUUUAGCCAUACUUUGCACAGCAUGAGUGCAUUAACUAUGUGAUUUGGUUAUAUGGCUACCGAAUUCGAUAAUAAUGUUAUCAUAUGAUCCGAUUGCUAUAUUACAGAAUUAAAUAAUACGAUGGAGUUUUUUUUGUUGCAGAACUAAGGGAAAAUCUCGCACUUAAUUCUGCACAAAGCCGGAAAAAAAAGCAACGCUUUCCCUUUUCUGAGCAUUGUACAAGUCACGAGAAAUACAACGGUGCAUUCACAGCUUUUGUACUGGCACAUAAUCACAGCUUAGAUGAAGUGAUCCACCGAACAUUAAACAUAUCUUAGCUUCUCUGUUUUCUUUUUUAAAAAAAAAUCAAA